AUGGUGUCAUACAAGCGUCUGGACCCAGAGCAGGUGGUGUUCUCUGGAGGGGCCUUCAGCGACCAGCAUCCCCCAGUCAAUGAAGAGACCACUGUCCCGGAGGCUGAGGAGACUCCGCUGAUGCGCUGGAGCCCUCGGUGCUCUGUCACAAAGAGCCUGCUGGUGAUCGGGGCUCUGCUGCUGCUGCUGUUGGGGGGCUGGCUCCUGGGGACACGGUACUGGCUUCUGUCGUCCUCCUCCACCCUUCCACACCCGGCCCCUGCCCCCGCUAAGGACCGUGCCACUACCAACUCCACUCUCCCGAUUCCACCCAAGGGGGCGUGUGCUGCGGUCCCUGAGGCUUGGAGGUUUGAUUGUUUUCCGGAGAGAGGUGCCGUGGUCACGCAAGCCAUGUGCGAGGCCCGGAACUGUUGCUUCGUCCCCCAGGCUGUGGGACGGAACGGGGUACCCUGGUGCUUCUACCCCCAGGACUACCCCUCGUACUCCCUGAUGUCCUUGCAGUCUACGCCCCUGGGACAGACGGGUACUCUGGAGAGGCGGCAGCAGACCUACUACCCCUCUGACAUCAUGACGCUCCAGCUACAGGUGUGGGAGGAGACCGACACGCGGCUGCACAUCAAGAUCACUGACCCCUCCAGCCCCAGGUACGAGGUGCCUAUAGAGGUGCCCACAGUCACUGAGAAGGCCCUUAGUCCGCAAUAUGUGCUGGAGCUGACCAAGGAGCCGUUUGGAGUCGUUGUGAGGCGGGCUUCCACUGGAACGCUUCUCCUGAACAGCAGUGUGGCCCCGCUCUUCUUCGCUGACCAGUUCCUGCAGAUGUCCAGCAGCCUGCCCUCUGGCCACAUCUACGGCCUGGGAGAGCACCGCGACGCCUUCCAACACAACAUUCAGUGGAACACGCUGACCAUGUGGGCCAGAGACGUCCCUCCUAUGGAGAAAACUAACCUGUAUGGUGUGCACCCUUUCUACCUUGGCCUGGAGGAAGGAGGCCUCGCUCAUGGGUUCUUUCUGCUCAACUCCAACGCCAUGGAUGUGGUGCUGCAGCCAGCGCCCGCGGUCACCUGGAGGACCAUUGGCGGAGUGCUGGACUUUUACCUGUUCCUGGGCCCAGAGCCGGCCUCCGUGGUGCAGCAGUAUCUGGAGGUGGUCGGCCGCCCAGCCAUGCCAGCGUACUGGGCCCUGGGGUUCCAUCUGUGCCGCUGGGGUUAUGGCACCAGCAAUGCCACCUGGGAGUUGGUCAAGGGCAUGAGGAGCUACGGCAUACCCCAGGACGUCCAGUGGAAUGACAUUGACUACAUGGACCGCUUCCUGGACUUCACUCAUGACCCGGUGCAUUUCGACACGCUGACCGACAUGGUGAAGGACCUCCACGCACACAACCAGCACUACGUCCCCAUCCUGGACCCAGGCAUCAGCAGCACGCAGCCCCCAGGAGCUUAUUGGGCGUUUGAUGAAGGCCUGAAGAGGGGCGUGUUCAUCAGAGAUGCUGACGGAAAUACGCUGAUUGGAAAGGUAUGGCCCGGUCUGACUGCGUACCCAGACUUCUCAGACGAGGCCACGCAUGAGUGGUGGUUUGAGAACCUCCAGCGCUUCUACAAACUCGUCCCCUUUGACGGCAUAUGGAUUGACAUGAACGAACCCUCCAACUUCCUGGAUGGCUCCACAAAUGGCUGCCCCGACAACAACAUUGAAAACCCUCCGUAUACACCUGGCGUGCUGGGACGGCUGCUGCGCUCUAAAACGGUGUGUGCCAGUGCCCAGCAGAAGCUCUCGUCUCACUACAAUCUGCACAGUCUGUACGGUCUGCAUGAAGCCAAGGCCACCUCCAGUGCUCUGACUCGGCUCCUGGGGAAACGGCCCUUCAUCAUCUCACGCUCCUCCUUCCCAGGACAGGGGCAAUACUCUGGACACUGGCUUGGAGACAACCGCAGCCAGUGGAAGGACAUGGCCGCCUCCAUCGCAGGCAUCCUGAGUUUCAACAUCUUUGGCAUGCCUCUGGUGGGGGCUGACGUGUGUGGCUUCAGCGAGCAGACGGACGAGGAGCUAUGUGUGCGAUGGACCCAGCUCGGAGCAUUCUACCCCUUCAGCCGCAACCACAACGCUCUGGACAGUAAGGCCCAGGACCCUUUGGCCUUCAGCCCCUCUGCCCGCGCUGCCAUGCAGUCGGCCCUGCUGCUGCGGUACUCUCUCUUCCCUCUGCUCUACACGCUCUUCCACCAGGCGCAUGUGCAGGGGCACACGGUGGCCCGCCCGCUCAUGUUCGAGUUCCCCCAUGACCCGCACACCUAUGCCCUAGACCGGCAGUUCCUGUGGGGCCGGGACUUACUGGUGACCCCGGUGCUGUUGCCUGCUGUGGACUCUGUGGAGGGCUACUUCCCGGCGGGCCGCUGGUACAACUAUUACACGGGGGACAGUUUCCUGAGCGCUGGGCAGAACAUGAGUCUGUCUGCUCCUCUGGACAAGAUCAACCUGCAUCUGAGAGAGGGCAGCAUCACCCCCACACAGAGGCCAAACGUGACUUUGUGGGUGAGCCGUAGGCAGCCCCUGCACCUACUGUGCGCGCUGAGUGAGGAUGCCUCUGCAUCCGGAGAGCUGUUCUGGGACGAUGGGGAGAGCCUGCACACGUAUGAGGAGCAGCAGUAUGCAUAUGUGCUCUUCAGCGUGCGCCAGAACGUGCUGAGCUCAGCGGUGCUGCAUGCCCAUGUGGAAGCCUCCUACACCACGGUGGAGUCUGCCUCAGUCUACGGGCUCCAGUCCAAACCACAGCAGGUCCUGGUCAACGGUGUUGAAGUGGCUUUCACCUACAACAACAAGUGCCUACAUUUGGCCGAUCUGGGACUGAACCUCAACCAGAACUUCACCGUCAGUUGGCAGUCCACAGCUCCUCACCCUUAUACAGGCAGGUCUACAGCUCCUCACCCUUACACAGGCAGGUCCACGGCUCCUCACCCUUACACAGGCAGGUCCACAGCUCCUCACGCUUACACUGGCAGGCCCACAGCUCCUCACCCUUACACUGGCAGGUCCACAGCUCCUCACCCUUACACUGGCAGGCCCACAGCUCCUCACCCUUACACAGGCAGGUCCACGGCUCCUCACCCUUACAGGCAGGUCUACAGCUCCUCACCCUUACACAUGCAGGUCCACGGCUCCUCACCCUUACACAUGUGGCAGGUCUACAGCUCCUCACCCUUAUACAGGCAGGUCUACAGCUCCUCACCCUUACACAGGCAGGUCUACAGCUCCUCACCCUUACACAGGCAGGUCUACAGCUCCUCACCCUUACACAGGCAGGCCCACAGCUCCUCACCCUUACACUGGCAGGUCUACAGCUCCUCACCCUUACACAUGUGGCAGGUCUACAGCUCCUCACCCUUACACAUGUGGCAGGUCUACAGCUCCUCACCCUUACACAGGCAGGUCUACAGCUCCUCACCCUUACACAUGUGGCAGGUCUACAGCUCCUCACCCUUACACAUGUGGCAGGUCUACAGCUCCUCACCCUUACACAGGCAGGCCCACAGCUCCUCACCCUUACACAGGCAGGUCCACGGCUCCUCACCCUUACAGGCAGGUCUACAGCUCCUCACCCUUACACAUGCAGGUCCACGGCUCCUCACCCUUACACAGGCAGGCCCACAGCUCCUCACCCUUACACAGGCAGGUCCACAGCUCCUCACCCUUACACAGGCAGGCCCACAGCUCCUCACCCUUACACAGGCAGUGGCUGUUCCCUUCAGCUCCGCCCUCUGCGUGUGCUGUAAGCCCCCCUCUUCACACGGGCCCGGGACCCCACACAAGGCAGCAGGACCCGGGCUCUCUCCUCUCCUCUCACCGGGCAUGGCUGCGGUCAAAGCCCUGCAGCAGUGGUGUCGCCUCCGCUGUGAGGGCUACCGCGACGUCCGCAUCAGCAACAUGACCAGCAGCUUCAGGGACGGCCUGGCUUUCUGCGCUCUCAUCCACCACCACAGACCCGAGCUCAUAGACUUUGACUCCCUGAAGAAAGAAGAUGUUUACGAAAACAACAAACUGGCCUUCAGCGUGGCGGAGCAGCAGCUGGGCAUCCCGGCUCUCCUGGACGCAGAGGACAUGGUGGCCCUCGCAGUGCCUGAUCGCCUCAGCAUCCUUACAUACGUGUCCCAGUACUACAACUAUUUCCACGGACGCAACCCCAUCGGAGGACUGGCGGGUGUGAAGCGUCCAGCAGAGGCCGCCCCAGAGCAGCAGCAGCCCGCAGGGAAGAAGAACGCUGCCGUGUCCGCCAAAGUCUUUCCCUCGCCUGGUUUCAGUAAGGAGAACCAGCCCCCUGUGGACCGGACCCAGCCCUGUCCCACUCCCAGCGCCACCCCUACCAGGCACCGUAGCCCACAGGACGUCCCAGCGGAGCCUCGCACUGGCACGCUCAGCAACAAGUGCGUGUCCUGCAACAAGCAUGUUCACCUGGUGCAGCGCCACCUUGUGGACGGGAAACUAUACCACCGCAGCUGUGCCAAAACUCUGUCUGGAAACCCUUUCACCUCAGACUCCUCUCACUCCAGACUGACACUAGCCUCAGACCCCGCUGUUAAAGCCGGCCCCUUGUGGCUGUCCCACAAAGCCAGCGCUCCCCCUAGUGUCCAGCUCGGCUCAUUGGACCCUCAGCCUGGACACUCUGUUUCAAAGAGCGCCAACCCUCCCAGAGGUCUCACUCCAAGGAACCCAGACCCCAUCAAAGUCUUCACUCCAAGGAGCCCAGACCCUCCCAGAGGCCUCACCCCAAAGAGCUCCAACCCCCCCACAUCCUUCACCUCCGUUCGCUUGUCUUCCCCACAGCCCACAGUCCUCUCGCAUAAAGCCAAGGCUCCCAGUGUUCUCCCCUCGGUUACUGACGUCCCUGUCCCUGCACCAAGGGCCUCUAUCGCCUCCAAGAGUCUGCAGUCCAAACUCAAGUUCUUCCAGGCUGCGGAUGGAGACAGUGGCUUGGAGGAGAGAGGAGCGCCUCCUUCAAAGACCUCAGAACCUCCCAGAAUCCACACCUCCAGUCGCUCCUCUUCUCCUCAGCCCUCUGGCUCUUCUAAAAGCCCCAGCUCCAGAGCGCACACCAAACCUGAACCUGCCACUAGCAGUAAAACCAGCACCAGCCUCGAGCUCUUCCAGACCGCGGAGGGGGACAACUGCAAAGCGGAGAGAGCAGGUGGGAUCCACCGUGUGGAGGAGUUGGGAAGACAGAAGGAGGCACCAGGAGGUCUGAGCCUGCGGGUGGAGGAGUUUGGGGGGCAGAAGAAGGAUCAGGAGCAGUACGCAGCCAAAGCCUCGGCUGCAGCCAACAUCUCCAAAGUGAUCCAGGAGAGCAGCAGCAGCAGAGAAGGGCCAGUCAGCAAACCCAGGCCGAGCCCGGCAGGCCCUAAGAAGGAAGAGCAGGGGCCCAGAAGGGUCCGGUUGCGGGCUAAUCCCUCCCUCCUGUCAGACCUGUCCACCAGCACGUCCCAGGACCCCAAGAGGCUGUCCCCCACCCCCAGGAGCCAAUCCACAGAUGUCACAGAAGGCCCUCCAUCAUGGAGCCGUCCCACAGACUCCACUGGAACUCCUACACCACGGAGCAUAUCACCAAACCCCUCUGGUGCACAGAGCCAGUCCCCGUCUGACUGGAGGUCCUGCCUCAAGCCGGUGUCCAAGGAGCCCAGACCUACCUCUUCCUCCCAGGCCUCCCCCAAACUCCGGAUUAAUGGCUCAGACCCGCCCCAGUCUAAGUGUGCAGACCGCCCCCAAACUGCUCCUGUGCAUCCCACCCCCACGCCCCUGCCUCACAACAAUCUCACCUGUUCUCUGACCUCUCUGUCUCCAGGUCCUUCCUCCACUGCACCGGAAAACCCCAAGUUCAAAGCGGACCACAUCCCCCAGGCAGAGAUCUUGAAGGAGCUGCAGCAGAUCGAGGAGAGCAUGAACGAACUGGAAAGGACCGGGGUGGAGCUGGAGCUGAAAUUGAGGACGAGUGAAGACCACGGAGAGGACGAGGCGGUGAUGAACGACCUGAUGGUGGACUGGUUCUCUCUGAUCAGGAACAAGCAGGUGGCCAUGCGACGCGAGUCUGAGCUGGUCUACAUAGGGCGCACACAAGAGCUGGAGGAGGAACAGCCCACAGUGGAACAGGAGCUGCGCAGACUCAUGGACAAACCAGGCCGGGAAUGUGGAAAGGGGUUGGAAGGCUGGAGCUGGGGAGCGGCGUCGGAAGGCCGGAACUGGGGAGCGGCGUCGGGAGGCCGGAACUGGGGAGCGGCGUUGGGAGGCCGGAACUGGGGAGCGGCGUCGGGAGGCCGGAACUGGGGAGCGGCGUCGGGAGGCCGGAACUGGGGAGCGGCGUCUGGAGGCCGGAACUGGGGAGCGGCGUCGGGAGGCCGGAACUGGGGAGCGGCGUCGGGAGGCCGGAACUGGGGAGCGGCGUCGGGAGGCCGGAACUGGGGAGCGGCGUCGGGAGGCCGGAACUGGGGAGCGGCGUCGGGAGGCCGGAACAACUGGGGUGCGGCGUCGGGAGGCCGGAACAACUGGGGUGCGGCGUCGGAAGGCCGGAACAACUGGGGUGCGGCGUCAGAAGGCCGGAACAACUGGGGUGCGGCGUCAGAAGGCCGGAACAACUGGGGUGCGGCGUCAGAAGGCCGGAACAACUGGGGUGCGGCGUCAGAAGGCCGGAACAACUGGGGUGCGGCGUCAGAAGGCCGGAACAACUGGGGUGCGGCGUCAGAAGGCCGGAACAACUGGGGGCGGCGUCGGAGGCCGGAACUGGGGAGCGGCGUCGGGAGGCCGGAACUGGGGAGCGGCGUCGGGAGGCCGGAACUGGGGAGCGGCGUCGGGAGGCCGGAACUGGGGAGCGGCGUCGGGAGGCCGGAACUGGGGAGCGGCGUCGGGAGGCCGGAACAACUGGGGGCGGCGUCGGGAGGCCGGAACAACUGGGGUGCGGCGUCGGAAGGCCGGAACAACUGGGGUGCGGCGUCGGAAGGCCGGAACAACUGGGGUGCGGCGUCAGAAGGCCGGAACAACUGGGGUGCGGCGUCAGAAGGCCGGAACAACUGGGGUGCGGCGUCAGAAGGCCGGAACAACUGGGGUGCGGCGUCAGAAGGCCGGAACAACUGGGGUGCGGCGUCAGAAGGCCGGAACAACUGGGGUGCGGCGUCAGAAGGCCGGAACAACUGGGGUGCGGCGUCAGAAGGCCGGAACAACUGGGGAGCGGCGUCGGGAGGCCGGAACUGGGGAGCGGCGUCGGGAGGCCGGAACUGGGGAGCGGCGUCGGGAGGCCGGAACUGGGGAGCGGCGUCGGGAGGCCGGAACAACUGGGGUGCGGCGUCGGGAGGCCGGAACAACUGGGGUGCGGCGUCGGAAGGCCGGAACAACUGGGGUGCGGCGUCGGAAGGCCGGAACAACUGGGGUGCGGCGUCAGAAGGCCGGAACAACUGGGGUGCGGCGUCAGAAGGCCGGAACAACUGGGGUGCGGCGUCAGAAGGCCGGAACAACUGGGGUGCGGCGUCAGAAGGCCGGAACAACUGGGGUGCGGCGUCAGAAGGCCGGAACAACUGGGGUGCGGCGUCAGAAGGCCGGAACAACUGGGGUGCGGCGUCAGAAGGCCGGAACAACUGGGGUGCGGCGUCAGAAGGCCGGAACAACUGGGGUGCGGCGUCAGAAGGCCGGAACAACUGGGGUGCGGCGUCAGAAGGCCGGAACAACUGGGGUGCGGCGUCAGAAGGCCGGAACAACUGGGGUGCGGCGUCAGAAGGCCGGAACAACUGGGGUGCGGCGUCAGAAGGCCGGAACAACUGGGGUGCGGCGUCAGAAGGCCGGAACAACUGGGGUGCGGCGUCAGAAGGCCGGAACAAACUGGGGUGCGGCAAGGCCGGAACAACUGGGGAGCGGCGUCAGAAGGCCGGAACAACUGGGGAGCGGCGUCAGAAGGCCGGAACAACUGGGGUGCGGCGUCAGAAGGCCGGAACAACUGGGGUGCGGCGUCAGAAGGCCGGAACAACUGGGGUGCGGCGUCAGAAGGCCGGAACAACUGGGGAGCGGCGUCAGAAGGCCGGAACAACUGGGGAGCGGCGUCAGAAGGCCGGAACAACUGGGGAGCGGCGUCAGAAGGCCGGAACAACUGGGGAGCGGCGUCAGAAGGCCGGAACUGGGGAGCGGCGUCAGAAGGCCGGAACUGGGGAGCGGCGUCAGGCUGCGGGGACUGAGGUGCGGCGACCACAGGCUGCGGGGACUGGGGAGCGGCGUCAGAAGGCCGGAACUGGGGAGCGGCGUCAGGCUGCGGGGACUGAGGUGCGGCGACCACAGGCUGCGGGGACUGAGGUGCGGCGACCACCACAUCAAUAUUACUAUCACUUAAAGCAAUCAUGGGAACGGCGCAGGGAGAAGCAGCUCAUGGACAAACUGGUGACCAUCGUGAACGACCGGAACGCCAUCGUGGAGGGGCUGGACCAGGACCGCCUCAGAGAGGAAGAGGAGGACGAGCAGCUCCACCAGCUCAUGGAGAGCUUCAACUUAAAGAAGGACAAGAAGAAAAAGUCUCCCAUGUCGCGGCUAUUUGGCUGGGGCAGUAAGGAGUCGUGA